UAGCUAGUUCAGUAUCAAUUUGAAGCUUGUAUAAACCCGAGUGUAUUGUAAUCAACUGACACAUCAUUUUACAACAAUGAUGAAUCUUGCUGACAUAUCUGCACAAAAUGCAGCUAACAUACGUAUUUUUGCAUGGUGGGGAUCUGUUAUGGUGUUAAAAAUUCUAGCGUGUGUAUUGAUAAUUGGUCGAUGGAGGUGGGGUAAAGGGAUUUUCAUAACUCCUGAAGAUGCACAGUUUGUUAAAAUGGCCAUCAUCCCAAAGGCAAAAGUAGUUCACGACGAUCCCGACGUUGAACGAUCUCGACGAGCUCAUUUAAAUGACUUGGAAAAUAUAUUACCUUGGGCAAUUUCAACCGCAUUAUGGUUAACAACUUCACCCGACACAGCAACCGUUGCUUUACUUAUCAAAGUAUUCAGUAUUGCUCGAAUCAUUCACACAAUUGUAUACGCAGUUAUUGUUGUUCCACAGCCAGCAAGAUUUUUAAGUUUCUUGAUUGCAUACUUAAUUAUUGUGUAUCAAUCUGCAGCUACUAUAUAUUAUUACUCAUAGUAAGAAAACCUGAAAAUUUAUUGUAAUAAUUAUAGUCAAGUGUUUUUAUAAAAUUUUGUACAAACAUAUUAUCAAUUUGAAAUAAAUUAAUUAUUCAAUUU